AGCAGCAGCGGCAGCGGCGGAGAGAUGGCCGGUAUCCUGGCGUGGUUUUGGAACGAGAGGUUCUGGCUACCGCAUAAUGUAACAUGGGCAGACUUAAAGAACACAGACGAGGCGACGUUCCCGCAAGCCGAGGACCUGUAUCUGGCGUGUCCUUUAGCCUUCUGCAUCUUUAUGUUACGGCUGGUUUUCGAAAGGUUCAUUGCCAGACCAUGUGCCAUGGGCCUGAAGAUCCAGGCCAACGGGCCGCAAAAAGCCCAACCUAACGCCAUCCUGGAGAAGGUUUUCACCGCCAUAACCAAGCACCCAGAUGAGAAGCGACUGGAGGGCCUGUCAAAGCAGCUGGACUGGGAUGUGCGGACCAUCCAACGCUGGUUCAGGCAACGACGCAACCAGGAGAAGCCCAGCACUCUCGCCCGCUUCUGUGAAAGCAUGUGGAGGUUUACUUUCUAUCUCUACAUUUUUACCUAUGGAGUGCGUUUCCUUAAAAAGACUCCCUGGCUGUGGAACACUAAAGAAUGCUGGUACAACUAUCCUUACCAGCCCCUGACUGUGGACAUCCAUUAUUACUACAUACUGGAGCUGUCCUUCUACCUGUCUUUGCUCUUUUCCCAAUUCACAGACAUUAGGAGGAAGGAUUUUCUCAUCAUGUUCCUGCACCACGUGGCAACAAUCUCCCUCAUCACCUUUUCCUACGUGAACAACAUGGCACGAGUGGGAACACUAGUCAUGUGUCUCCACGAUGCAGCCGACGUGCUGAUAGAGGCUGCCAAGAUGGCCAACUAUGCCAAAUGCCAGAUUCUGUGCAACCUCCUGUUUGCAAUGUUUGCAGUUCUCUUCAUAAGUUCCAGACUGGGGGUUUAUCCUGUCUGGAUUUUAAACACCACCUUGUUUGAGAGUUGGGAGAUUGUGGGCCCAUUCCCAUCCUGGUGGGUCUUUAACCUGCUUCUCAUCCUGCUUCAGCUCCUUCACUCCUUCUGGUCCUACCUUAUAGUGAAGACAGUGUGCCGAGCCAUAUCUAAAGGAAAGGUGGGAAAGUGGAACCCCUUACAUGUGUCUAAGGACGACCGCAGCGACAUCGAGUCCAGCUCUGAUGAGGACGACAGCCCCCCGCCCCUUCAGAAGCACCACAGCAGCGCCACCAAUGGGACCAAUAAAAAUCACGGGACCAAUGGCUACCUGACGGGAGUGCCGUACCCCGACGAACACUGACUGAGCUUAUAUUUAUACAUCAGUGGAGCCGUGACACAGACUCCAUCCAUCUAUCUGUGCGUGUAUGUGUUUGAGUGUGUGGUGGACACAAGAACAGCGUCGUCUCUCCGGCACUGAUCGUUUGUACUCAAAACCACAUGGUUGAAGUUUUGUUAUCGGUCUGAUUCCUAUACCUUUUUGCAAAUGUCCCAUCUUUGCAGAGCUCAUACUUAUAUAUACAUAUAUAUUUGCAUUAGAAUCUCAUUUCAGUGAGAUGCCGAGGCACUCGUACUGGCACUACCCACUCUGUUUAUCAGGCAAUUGGAUGACAGCAUUCCACUCUGUGGUGUUAGCAUGUUACUCUAACAUACAGUAGUCAGGCACACUGGGGGCGCGAUUCCCUUAUAUUUGUGUUUCUCUGUCUUAUUUAUAUAUUUUUUCUCACUACAGUGGCAGAUGGCUCAGUCAGACUGCUGCUCUACUAUGAUGUCAGUGUUACUUCACAUGACAAGACUUCACAUUGAGUAUUACAGUAGUAAAAGGCCGUACAACCUAGGUGUAUUUAAAUGCUACACCCCCAAAGAUUUGCUAAAACAGCGGCUGAGUUUUUCAUCUCCACAUGGAUCGCAAUGUUUGGAGUUUGCUCACAUUUAAAAGGAAAAAAAUCACAUUCUUUACCAUUUAUGAGAUGUCAAUAACAGUAUUAUGUGUGUGCAUCAGAUAUGGCCAGAUGCUGUAUUCUCUAUUGAAGCAUUUUGUUUAGUAUUCUUGUACUUUUUGGGUAAGCAUUCCAUUAAAAGGCCAUUUCUUCACAGACCAGGCAGACGUCAAUUGUUAAAAUUAUUCAAUAAAAACAUGGAUACUGCAAGUA